AUCAAGGCUCUGUUUUUAGCUCGGUCCAAAUCCAUAAUCAAUGGAGGGACUGAAAGAGUGUAGGGCGAAUAUGGUUGUCUAUUUACAUCCUUCCAACGCCAAAAAGGUCGAAGCAGCUGUUUAUCGAGAACUCAGCUCUCUUCUUUUCAAGUUUAAUGAAGCUUUAGAUGGCGUGGUAUUGACUUAUGAACCGAAGUUCAGUAGCAAUUUGGCUAAAGUUCUUCCAGGAAUUCACCCUUAUUUUGGUGUGGGAUUUGAAGCAAAAUUGCUACUUUUUAAUCCAAAGCCAGAAAUGUUAUUAGAAGGUGAGGUCGUUAAAGUUGGCCAGCAGUCUAUUCACAUAAUUGUUCUUGGAUUUUCUUCUGCUGUCAUAGCAGAGGAGGACAUUCGAGAAGAUUUCAAGUAUAAAAUUAAACAUGGGAAAGAAGUUUUUGUCAGCAGAUCUAACAAGAAACACAGGAUCAAAGUGGGAACUACUCUACGGUUCUCAGUCAAGAAUUUUGAUGAAGAGAUACUACAUAUAUGUGGGUCAUUGGUUCCAGCUAACACAGGAAAUGUUCAGUGGUUGGAAAUGAAGGCAGAAGAGUCUCAAGCUUACAGCAGCAUUACGAAAAAGAGUAUAGGCAACAAAAGGGCUGCUGAGUUGCUUGAGCCUGAUAACUUAGUACCCUACAGGGAAAAACGGAAAUCCGAAAAUCAUACUAAGAAAUCGAAAAGAUCUAAAAGCAGAGACGGCUGAAUGUGCUAAUUGUAUGCAUACAUCACGACAAUUUUUGUGUGCCUCGACUCUCAUGCAACCAAAUUUCCUUGAAAUUCGAAGGCUGUUACAUGCAUUGAAUUAGGACCCCAAGGUGGAUGUCAGAACUACAGAGAAUUAGUUGAACUUGGAUGCAAGCUGAUUUAUUCUGUGGUUUGUGAAGAACGGACCGGUAAUGGUGGCUAAUGUACACUGGUUUUUUGUUGUUACUGCUCAUGACGGGCAAAGAUAAUAUAGGAGGAAGAUGAAACGUUGAUUUACUUAAUCUAUAUCAAUGUAAUCUUCUGAUUAAAUUCAUGCUGCUAGUAACUGUUACGUACAUUUUCUUAUCCUAAAUUUUGCUCUACUUUGAUGAGAUGAAGAUUUGUUGAUUGAUUAAUUUACAAUUUUUAUGCCACUCCAAA